UAGGCAUAUGAUAAGGCACUGGGCAUUUUUUUUAAAAUUGGAGUGAGUCAAGGUUGUCUCCCUCUUCAUUCCUGGUGCCUGUGAGGUAUUGGAAGGACAGAAUGAGAAGUUGGUGGCUUCUUCUUCUUCUGGGGUCUGCGUAUUCGACCUUCUUCAUGGUAGAAACGACCAUCAGCCCAACGGAGAAGAAAGUGAAGGAAGCCAAAUGGAUUAAAGAGGAGGAUAAUGUCCUGGUGUUACAAAAGGGCAAUUUUGAUCAGGCCUUGAAUGAAACAAAGUACCUGCUGGUGGAGUUCUAUGUUGCUUUAUCUGGACCAUCUCAGAGCUUGGCUACAGAAUUUGCUAAAGCUGCAGAACAGCUGAAGAAUGAAAACAUAGAGAUCCGACUUGGAAAAGUUGAUGUGACAGAGCAGAAAGAGUUAAAAAAGGAAUUCAAUAUCCAGGAAUAUCCCACCCUGAAGUUUUUUGCAGAUGGUGACCGAAAAAAUCCCAUUGACUGCAAAGGCGUUAGAAAGGCUUCAGCCUUUGUUACCUGGGUUAAAAGAAGGCUAGGACCUAGCACCAUACUUGUUAACAGCACAGACCAGGCCCAUGGCUUCAUAAACGCUGAAGAUUUGGCAGUAAUUGGCUUUUUUAAGAGACUUCAAGGUGGAGCUGUGGAGGUUUUCUAUGAAUCUUCAAGAGAUGUUCCAGAACUCCCUUUUGGGGUAACAGCCAGUGAAGAAGUUUUCACUGAUUUUAGUGUCAGAGAAGACAUGGUGAUUAUAUUCCAAAAGGGAAAGCCUAUUCAUAAUGAAGCAUUCGAAGAAGGCAAAGUAAAUCAAGUGGAACUUACCAGACUAAUCAAAACAUUUACCAUGGAGUUGGUCACCGAAUAUAAUCUUGAGACAUCUGUGAAGAUUUUUGAUAUACCCGUGGACAACCACGUUGUGCUGUUCAUGCCCAAAAGCUCCAGUACGUUUGUCGAGGCUUAUGAAAAUUAUUCAGCUGUUGCUCCAGAAUUCAGAGGAAAGAUCAUGUUCAUCUUUGUGGAUACUGAUGAAACCAGAAAUGGGCGUGUGAUUGAGUACUUCCGUGUCACGGUGGCGGAAAUCCCUGCUGUCCAAAUCCUAAAUCUGACCAACGAUGCGAGGUACAAGAUGCCUGCCGAGGAAGUCACCCCAGAAAAUCUACGGCGCUUCUGCCAGAACUACUUGGAAGGAAAAGCAAAGCAACACUGGUCUAGUGAGGAAAUCCAGAAAGGCUGGGAUAAGAAGCCCGUGAAAGUCCUUGUUGGAAAGAACUUCGACAAAGUUGCCUUUAAUGACAAGAAUCACGUGUUUGUCAUGUUCUAUGCCCCAUGGUCACACCGUUGCCAGACAUUGUUCCCCAUUUGGGAAGAGCUUGGCAAGAUGUUUGAAAAUCACAAAAACGUAGUCAUUGCAAAAAUAGACUACACAGCAAAUGACAUCCUGUUGGUCAAUGUGGAACGGUAUCCAUUCUUCAGGUACUUCCCAGCAGGAUCUGAAACUGAGGUCAUCCCUUAUAGAGGGGAAUACACUCUGGAUGCUUUCGCCGAAUUCUUAGAAGAUCAAAUCAAGGCAAGAAAGAAGGACUCAUCAAAGACCAAAAAGGAAGGCCCUGUGAAGGAAGACAAAGAAAAGACUCAGAAGGAAGAACUAUAGAUUUUCUACAAAACAGGAAGCAAGGUGGUUUUUCAAGGUUGGCUAAAUUAUGUACAAGACUUUUGAACAGAUUGUGUCAACUUCAGGAGACACUGGAAACAAUAAAUAAAAGAUAAACACAA